CGCCCAUUGUAAAAUGCGGCGAGUGUGAGGAAAGAGCAUCGGCACCACAAUCGGCCGCUCCGCAAGACGGUACCGAAAACGUACCGCACGAUCAGUACCAUCGCAAAUCGCUGCCGACGCACCAUCAUCUACAAUCAAGGACUUGACGCGCGUUAAUUUUUUUUUUGUUGUUGGUGUGACAGUGCGCGUGAGGUCGGAUACGACUCUUGGGGGGUGGUGCUGAGUUAGUGGGUGAAAAUAGGUACCGGACAAAGUAUCUGUCAGAAUGGGCCUACGGAUGUUGUGCAGGAGGCGCAGGAGGCCCUCUGGAUGGUCGAGGAGGGCAUGUCGAAGGCGCAAGUCCAAAGAAAAAGACGACAUGAAAAAGAGGCCUGCAUCAACAACCUGCGUCUGAGCGCCCAGGCGACCAAACGUCACGGACGUCCGCCCGAAGCCGGAGCCGGCGGCACCUACACCAAGCGUCCGAAGGACAAGAGCGCACGCGGCAGCCUCGAGAACGUCUCCAGCAAUCCGUGGGGCGAGCACCGCGUCGAGGAGGCCUCCAGCUUGAGACGGAGCCGCAGCUUGGCCAUAUCCAGGGAGACUAUAUACACACAGAGGCAGGAGGAGAGCGGGAGGCACAGGAGGAGCCAGCUAAUCCCUCGGGCCAAGCUUAUUGAUAGGUCCCUGAUUAGGGAGCAGCACAGAUACAAGGGCGCCAGUGUUGAUAACCUAGACUCGCCAGAUAGACGGGUCAGACGAAAAUCCAGUCUAGCCACCGACUAUACGGACUGUGGGGUGCAAAGAUCUCAACAAACGAGAUCGAGGCAAUCCAGGAGGACGCUGCGGGAGGAGGAGAUUUACUCCUACGCGUCACUGAACGAAAUCAACGGCGUUCGUAUCGAACAGGAAAGUGCUAAAGCCACAACGCAAACGAAGGCCCGGAUCAAUGUCAACCGCAGAGCAUCUUACGAGGAUUUAAUCGGGUUAUCUCUUCCUCAUUACUAUCCGGACUCGAAGUGUGACACGGAUAUUACGGACAAUAUAUCGAUUAACGAUAACACCUCGUACGCGUCUUUGGAUAACAACAACAACUUGCUGAAGUCGACGCCCAAUCUUAGUCAGAAGUGUUCAAGCACAGGUAACAUCUCCAAUAUUAACCUUAACUGGGAGGUUAAUGAGCACGAAAGCAUUUCGUACGACGAAAAUAUAUUCUUGAGCACGAAGAAGUGUUACUCCAACGAAGGCCACUACGCCAAACCCAGAACCAUAAGGGGGCCGACGCCUUAUCACGAAAACUACACCUACAAUAAACGCAGGGACUCAAUUUACAAAGCUCAAUACGAGAAACCACCAGACAAACACGAGGAGGAGGAAAUAGACUGUUUAGAAACUGAAACCGACACCAACUUCGACGAAAUAUUAUACAGUGACACAGCUAAAGUCUUAGAGAUACACGAGGGGGACAAUUACUCUAAAGGUACAACUCUGUGCAGCUACUCCAACAUCGAGGACAACCCCGUAUACGAAUCUAAUAAUAAAGGCAGCACGAAAGUUACAACGCCAACUUCUGAUACUUCAGAACAAAAAACAAUAUCCAGAGAAACUCCAGAUCAAAUUAAAACGCUUAUAGAAGUUGCUGCGAGUGAUGAAACACCCAACCCCGAACAAUAUAAAACAAUCGUCGCGGUAGACACAGAAAACAGCGAGAACUGCGAGGAGGAUAGUAAAUCCAGUAAAUCGAAACAGCACAGUCACAAUUACCUGAGGGAAUUCCUUGAGACGCAGAAAGGCUCCAAGAAACCCCUGCAGAAUUUUAUAUCGAAAAAACUGUCGAAUCUCUCGAGGAGGAACACGAAGGAUAAUAACAGACUGACGGACAAUCAGUUCCAUUCAUUGCCCGACAUAAGUGCGAGUGAGAACUUGAAGAGGUGCGAGAAAAUAGACCGGAAACUCAGGAGGUGCGAGAAAACGACGGUGGUGAAAAACGCGGACGUCUCUAAAGAAAAUCGAUUUAUUGUUAACAUCGGUAGGCACUUUGAUAUAACCGCCAACUCCAACAUACCGGUGGACUUUGAGCUGAAGAUUGCUAAGGUGUCGAAGAAAACUAAAAACAACAAGAAAAACACGCUCAAGAAGGAGAAGUCCGACGAACAAUUAAUUGAGGCUGUUAAAAACUUGAAGCAGACUUUGAGUGCCAGCUCUAUGAGCUUAGACGACAACUACUACAGGAAGCCGGAGAUAGUGGAAGUCACUGCCAAAAACAAUUCACAGAUUAACCUAAGGAACUUGGACAAAGACUUCGAAAUGGACAAAAAGGAGUGCACCAAAGAGUAUCAAGAAAAAGUUGACACCAUGAGGAACUACUGGGGUAAACUGGUGGAACCCACCAACGAACCAGUUGAGCAAGAACCAGUUAAAUGUAAAAUUGUGGAUCUGCAAACGAAAGUGGAGGACGUGAAAAAGAAGUUUGAGCCAAAGGAAGAGAAGGAGGAGGAGAAGCCUGUUAAUAAAGUAAAGCUGGUUAAGCAGAUGUUUGAGGUCAAACCCCCCGUGGAGAAAACUGAAAAAUUAUCUCCUAUUAUUAAGGAAACAUGCAGCUACUUCGAGAAGUCCACCAAAGUCCCCUACUUUGACUCCCACAACCAAUUGCAAAGCCUGAACCCAAACAUAGUGGAAAUCAUCAACAAAGAAGAUAAGAAGGAGGUAACCACCAACGAAACAAGCACGAAAUCAGAGAGUGUGACUAAAGAAAGAGACGAAAAGCCAAAGAAGCUCAUCUUCAAACGUUCAGGCAAACCUGUGUCAAAGUCUAAUAGCAUAGCUUAUCCAGAGUUCGACUACGUGCGAUACCGAGUGGUGAAAUCCGACCUGUUCCAGAAGAAAAUAUUCGCCAACUGCGACAAAGAAACACAGUUCGACGACCUGAUGCAGUACCUUCAGGACUACAGUUUCCAGGAGCUUCUAAUAGACAAUAAUAUUGUUAUUAUUGAACCGAUUAGAAGCAAAGUACAGUACGACCCUCGCAAACCGCCCAAGAUAUCAUCGCAGAACGUCACACCAUUAUUGAAAAAGAGUGAUAAUGAGAAUGACAGCAAUUCACUGAGGAAGCACUUCUUCUAUCACCCCAUACGGGUGAACAAAGAAGUAAACGACGACGAACUACCGAAUCCGGACACGGUGAGGCAGGCCAGGCAGUUCUUCGAAGGGGGGCUGAAACGGUCGCAAAGUAAUAUCGAUGUGGAGGCCACGUCUAAGGAGAAAUGCAACAAAGAUAAUGAUCCGGAUAAGGACCACUGUUCCGCCACCGACUCCAACUCUAACCCCUCGAACAUCUCGGACUUUGGUAGUCAGGAGAACAUAUUCGAAGGGAUUGAUGAGAGCGACAACUGCUACGAGCAGCAGUUCGUCAGCGAGGACAUCCUGGAGAAAAUCAGAGAGCACGGCUCCACCGUCACUUACUACGGCGGCCGAGUUUUGAAGCAGGAAAGCAGCCAGCCCAUUUUAACCAAAGUCAUCAUGGAGGAGAUCAAGAACAACCAAAGCAAGUUCAGCGACUGUAACUGCAAGAACACCCAAACCGACAAUCAGGGCGUCAAAUACAAGCUGGUCAAGUCAAACAGUUGCAGCAGUCGACUCGAAUUAGUAGGCACUAAUAAUUUGAUGGAGUCCAGGAAGAAGUUCAUUGCCAAGCACAAAAAGCUCCUCAACGAAAGGAACUUGAAGAACGAGAAGAACGCCUGCAUCAAAGAGGAAAUGAACGAGAACGAGCAAAGUAUUCAGAAUCCAACCGUGACAGAAAAGAACGCCAUUAAUGAAAGCAUCAAGAAGAAGUCGUUUGGCAGCCAACCAAAGAUUAUAGGGGAGGAGAUGAAGAAGGACAACAAGAUGACCCAGUGGGGUGACGUCAAAAAGGAGACAAUUUAUUCGACCAUAACUUAUAGUGAUAAAUCAAGCCAGAAGAAGCUUUAUGAAUUCCAUAACUACGACAGGAUUAAAACCAAAACUAACAAGCAAGAAAUGGAGUUUGAACAAUAUGAAGUAGCAUGAACAUCGAAUAUUUUUAAUAAAUAGUCAGUAAUUUAGUCAGUUAAUUAAGGAUUAAGCUGAUUUGUGAUUAGAUUAGGUUUACAAGUUGUCUGUAAAUUAUUGUAAAAUAGAAUUAUUUGAAUAUUUAAGGUACUGGGAGAAGUAAUUUUGCUUUAAUAGUGAUAUUUGUAACUACUCGAA